AUGGCCCAUAUUCCGUAUUAUCCGUAUCCAUACAUCGCCGCAGCUCAAUAUCAGCAACCGUCAUUCCAGUACCAACCGCAGAAAGGCAAACAUCAACCAACACCCGCUCAGAAAAUUCCGAACCAACAAUAUAAUCGUGAUAACAGAGGACAAAAUCGAGGUCAGAACAAUAGAGGCAAUUUUGGUAAUCGUCUCCAAUUUGAUAAGAUCACGGUACCAUAUGUAGAGUUAGUGUCGUACUUGAUUCACGUGGAGGCUAUCGUACCAAGAGAACUUCCAACAACCUCUCCUCCAUUUAAUCGCAGCCACAAUCCUAAUGCCACAUGCACUUUCCACGCUGGGUAUAUAGGACAUUCCACUGAGGACUGUUGGGCUCUCAAAAAGAGGAUCCAAGAAUUAAUUAAUCAAGAUAUUUUGUCUUUCUCCGAAGAAAAACCGAAUGUAAAGACUAAUCCCUUGCCAAACCAUGGUGGCGCAUCAGUCAAUGUUGUGAUCGAAAAGGAGACCACCAAAUCUAUACUAAGGGCUGAAGAAGUGAAGACUCUGAUAAAAAAGAAGGUUGAAGAUCCUCCCAAGAGGAAUCAGCCGAUUCAUUUCCGUGUUCCCACUUCGUUCCCGUAUCAGAAUACCAAGGCAGUGCCUUGGAAUUAUGAGACUAUGACGUAUUUGGGAGGAAAGGAAAUUUGUAUUCCUGACACAGAAAUCGUCAACAUUGCUGGAACGGGAGGUAUGAAUCGAAGUGGCCAUGUAUUCGCUCCUAAAUACACUCCUAGGGUGUCUCUAGCACCCAUAGUUAUCCAGCCUAAGGAGAAGGUCAUUCCUACUCCGACUCCACAGGCAAGGGAAACUGUACUUGUUACUCCGAAUGUGACGACUGUUCCAGUGUUGACGAAAGCUAUUGACAAUAAAGUUGUAGAAUCUGAAACAUCUAAGGGUAAAGGAUUGAUGGUUGAGAAAGAACAGAUUGAAGAUCACAAGAAGAGUAUCACUUUUGAGGAAAGUCAAGAAUUUCUCAAAUUGAUCAAGAAAAGUGAUUUCAAGAUUGUUGACCAGUUGAAUCAGACUCCCUCCAAAAGAUCAAUUUUGUCUUUGCUGUUGAGUUCUGAGGCUCACUGUAAAGCAUUGCUGAAAGUUCUAAAUGUCGCUCAAAUGAUGCAAGAUAUCACAGUCGAUCAAUUUGAUGACGUGGUUGCCAAUAUCACUGCCAGUAGGUAUCUGGGAUUUAAUGAAACAGAGCUACCUUCUGAGGGAAAUGCCUACAACAAAGCAUUACACAUUUCGGUCACAUGUAUUGAUUCUCUCUUAUCUUGA